AUGCCUUUCUUCGCACUAUCAGAGGAGACCAGGGAGCGUAUCUCCAGGGUCAUCGAGAUCACCAAGCAGGCCGUCCACUGGGGUUUCAUUCCCAUGAUUCUCUACAUCGGAUACACCCGCUCCGCCAAGCAGAUCUCCUUGAUCAAGUUGAUCUCUCCUCUCGCCGCCUAA